AUGGCCAGAGCUCUGCUGCUGCUGGCCUCACUCGUGGUCUUCGGCAAUGUUUUCACCGUCCGCUCUGCCUUCUCGCCAUCACUCAUCGUUGACAUGGCAAAGGUUUUUAUGGAUAACUAUGCCUUCCCGGAGAAACUGGCUGGCAUGCAGGAGGCCAUAGCUGAAGCUAGCAGCAACACAGAAAUUCUCAAUAUUCCCGAUGCAGAAACCCUGGCCUCCGUGCUGACUGCCGGUGUGCAGACCACCAUCAACGACCAACGAGUGGUCGUCUCCUACGAGCCAAACUAUGUACCUAUUUCUGCUCCUGCCGUCCCCCCUCUCCCUCCGGACCAGCUCAUCGACAUCAUCAAGAGCUCAGUCAAGCUAGACAUUCUGGAGAACAACGUCGGCUACAUGCGGAUUGACCACAUCAUGGGAGAGGCGAUGGCUGAGAAGAUUGGGCCCCUCCUACUGGAAAAUAUCUGGAACAAAGUCCUCCCAACAUCGGCGCUGAUCUUUGACCUCCGCCACGCAGCCACCGGGGAGGUGUCGGGCAUUCCGUACAUCGUGUCUUACUUCACCGAUGCCGAACCUGCCAUACACAUCGACGACGUGUACGACCGCACCUCCGACACCACCACAGAGCUGUGGUCCCUGUCCACGCUCCUCGGCCAGAGGUAUGGCACCACCAAAGACCUGAUCAUCCUGACCAGCAAGCACACCUCAGGCAUCGCUGAGGACGUCGCCUAUGCCCUGAAAAGCCUGAAAAGGGCCACCAUUGUGGGUGAGAAAACCGCUGGCGGGUCUGUGAAAAUCAGCAAGCUCAAGGUCGGAGACACGGACUUCUACGUCACAGUGCCCGUGGCCAAGUCAACCAGCCCCAUCACGGGGAAGACCUGGGAAGGUGUGGGGGUGACGCCCUGCGUCGCAGUGGAUUCGACGGAAGCGCUGGAUGUCGCGGUGAAAAUCAUCGGCCUCCGGACCCAGAUCCCUGCCAUCGUCCAGGCAGCGGCCGGCUUGGUGGCCGAAAACUAUGCCUUCGCACAGAUCGGCGGGGACGUGGCGGAGAAGCUGAGGGGGCUCGCGGCGAAGGGUCACUACGGCAUGAUCAACUCUGAGGAGGGGCUGAAGGCUAAGCUCUCUGCGGAUCUCAUUGAGCUGUCUGGAGACAGAAACCUGAAGACUGCAGGCAAUACCAUUGCUAUGCUCCCCCUUGAGAAUCCAACCCCUGAGAUGAUAGCCGAGCUGAUCAAGCUGUCCUUCCACACGGAUGUGUUGGAGAACAACAUUGGCUACCUUCGCUUUGACAUGUUUGGCGACUUUGACCAAGUUGCUGCCAUAGCCCAGGUCAUCGUGGACCACGUCUGGAGUAAAAUUGUGAACACAGAUGCUUUGAUCUUAGACCUCAGGUACAACGUAGGUGGACCCACCACCUCCAUCGCAGGCUUUUGUUCCUAUUUUUUUGAUGCUGACAAACAAAUCGUGUUGGACAAACUGUACGACCGCCGCACUGGCACCACCAGCGAAAUGGUCACCCUGCCACAGCUCACUGGCCACCGUUACGGACUGAAAAAGAGCCUGAUCGUCCUCACGAGCAGCGUGACAACUGGGGCCGCGGAAGAGUUUGUUUACAUCAUGAAGAAGGUUGGCAGGGCCAUGAUCAUUGGGGAGGUGACCAAUGGAGGCAGCCACCCUCCUGAGAAGUUCCGUGUGGGCACGACCGACGUCUUCCUGAGCAUUCCCGUCAUCCACUCGGACACCACGCAGGGUCCUGCCUGGGAGGGGGCCGGAAUCAGCCCACACAUCCCCGUACCUGCAGAUACUGCCCUGGACAAGGCCAAAGAGAUUCUCACCAAGCACCUCACUGGCCAGUAA